AUGUCGCCGGCGACUACCGCGGCGGCGCAACGCGUGGUCGUGUUCGGCGGAAGCGGGUACGUCGGGAGCGCCAUCGCGCGCGCGCUGUACGAGGCGUCGGCGGCGGCGUCGGCGGCGUCAUCGUCAUCGGCGGCGUCGUCGUCAUCGUCAUCAUCAGCGUCGUCGUCAUCGUCAUCGUCAGCGCUCGUGGAGAUUGUGUGCGCGUCCAGGUCCGGGGAGGCGCCGAAGUGGGCGUCGAGUGAGUCGUGGGCGUCGCGGGCGACGUUCGUUCAGUGCGACGCGAUGGACGCGACGCGUUGCGAAGAGAUCACUCGAGGCGCCAGCGCCGUGGUGACAGCCAUCGGAGCGCUGCCGUUCCCGUGGGUGAGCGCGAACGACAUCGUGCGAGCGAAUGGUGACACGAACAUCAUACCCGGACGAGCGGCGAUUAAGAACGGGGUGACACGCAUGGUGGUCGUCGGUGCCUCAAUCCCGCCUCUCGUGCCUGGUUUAGCGUCGUACGCGCGCGGCAAGGCUAACGUCGAGGCGUUCGCUCGAGACGAGUUCGCGCUCGACGGUCGAACCGCUGUGGUACUGAAACCCGCCGCCGUGAGUGGCACGCGACGACUCGGCGGCGGUGGGAUCGUCCCACUCGCGCUAGCGAUGGAUCCAGCUCGCUUUUUGUUGCGCGCUUCGGGCGUGAGCGCCCUGAUUGAAAACGCUCCGGUCCCUUUGGAGAACGUCGCGCUCGCCGCGGCGCGAGCGGCGCUUGGGAUCGACGAUGCGAAUAUCGCGUUUAGAAUCAUCUCGAAUAGGUCGCUCAUAGAAGAUUACGCCGCGUGA